GCUGUUCACCGCUCCGACGUCGAAAUUUCUCAUACUUCUCAGGCACUGGGCGCCAUAUUUCUCAUACCAGUAGUGAAUCGAACAUGGCGGAUUGUGGUGUUAGUGAAAUGAUAUUUCGUGUGCCUGUUGUUGUUGUUAUGGGUGCCACAGGAGCUGGAAAAUCAAAAUUAGCCAUCGACAUUGCGAAGAAAUUCGGGGGAGAGGUUAUAAGCGCCGAUUCAAUGCAGGUGUACCGAGGGCUGGACAUCAUCACCAACAAGGUGACGGUGGAGGAGGCGCAGGGCGUGCCCCACCACCUGCUGGACUUCCUCGAGCCGACGCAGAGAUUCUCCGUGGUCGACUUCCGCGACGCCGCUCUGCCCAUCAUCGACGACCUGGUGUCGCGGCAGAAGCUGCCCGUGGUGGUGGGCGGCACGCACUACUACAUAGAGUCGCUGCUCUGGAAGGUGCUGGUCACCGGUGGCUCGCCGGACGAGGCCACCAAGAGGCGGCACGCAGACGACGCCGCUUCCGACAGUGAUGGCGAGGACGCGGUGAGCGAGGCCAUCCUGAAACGCAGCCGCGGCGCCGGCGACCCGGAGGAGCUGCGUUCUGUGUCUAGCGAGGAGCUGCACCGCCGCCUGCAGCUGGUCGACCCCGAGAUGGCGGCCAGCCUGCACCCCAACAACCGCCGCCGCAUCAUCAGGUCGCUGCAGGUGUUCCGGCAGCUGGGCCGCAAGCACAGUGAGGUGCUGAGAGAACAGCGCGCAGCCGCGGGCGGCAGCAGCUUGGGAGGCCCCCUGCGCUACCCGGACUCCAUCAUCCUCUGGCCGCAGUGCCAACAGGAGAUACUGGAUGCUCGCCUGGACGCCCGGGUGGACGAGAUGAUGCAGCGCGGCCUGGUGGCCGAACUGGAAGACGUGCACCGCCGCUACAACCAGCAGCGCCUACAGGAGAAGCGGGAGCCGGACUACACGGAGGGCAUCUUCCAGUCGAUCGGCUUCAAGGAGUUCCACUCGUGGCUGGUGCAGCCGGAGGCGGCGCGGCGCAGCGAGCAGGGCCAGGCGGAGAUGCGGCGCUGCGCCGACGCGCUCAAGGCGGCCACGCGCCGCUACGCGCGCAAGCAGCUGCGCUGGAUCCGCAACAGGUUCCUGCGCCGCCCCGACAGGCAGGUGCCGCCUGUGUACGCCGUGGACACGACGGACCCGGGCCGCUGGGAGGAGCUGGUGGCGGCGCCGGCCAUCGCCAUCGUGAACUCCCACCUGCGCGGGUUGCCGCCCCCGCAGGACCCGCUGCCCGUGGAGCCACCGCUCGCCCACCAGGAGGGCACCUUCCAUUGCCCAGACUGCGACCGCGUCUUCGUGGGCACCUUCCAGUGGCAAAUCCACCUGCGCUCCAAGAAGCACGCGCGCCGUGCCAAGAAGAAACCCACGCCGCUGCCGACCACAGCUCAAAAAGGGGGCACUGUAGAGGAGGGAUUGUCAAGCCAGGAUACCCCAGAAUCUGUGCCAAAAGAGGACCCUCCACAGGAGACGUCGCCGAAAAAGGACCCUCCGAAAGAGACGAUGCUGAAAGCGGGCCCUCCGGAAGAGAUGGUUUCGAAAGAGGACCCCCCGGCUGAGAGUGUGCGAGGACAGGACCCUCCAGAGGAAAUAAAGCUGAAAGAGGAUCCUCCCGAGGAAGGGGUACCGAAACAGGACCUGCAGAUGGAAAACUUCACGAUGGAGGAGCCGCAGGAGGAAAUGUUGCGUACUGAGGAUGCUCCAGUCAGCGGCUCCGGUAGCGGACAACAGCAUCGAGGAGACGAAAAUGAACCUGUUACUUCUGCAGACGACCGUAAAAGUGGUGCCAACCUAGAAACAAAGCACCAGGCACAAUGUGCCGAAGAGGGCAAUCCACUUUCAGGCGCCAUUAAUGGUACAACUAGCCCAAAGCGAGAGUAAAUGUAGACCAACAAGAGCAAUGCUGACGUGUGCUGUCACCUUUUAAACAGCACAUUCCUUAGCCAUAUAAACCUUAGUUCACUUUAAAUGCGCACAUUUUAAGUUAGGAUUUACAGUGACUGUUAUUGACAUCAAAUGAAACAACGAGUUCCCUGUUACCAGUCACUGUUUAUUUAUAUCCACGACACCCGUUUCAAAUGUUUAAACCUUCAGCAUCAGGUGGAUUUGCAUUUGUUAGUGUGACAUGUGUCAUGAUACAACACACGCAUAUGUCAUGCCAACAAAUGUAAAUCCGUCUGAUGAUGGAGGUUUAAACUUUUGAAACAGAUAAAUGAUAAAUAGUGACCGGAAACAGUAAACUUGUUGUUUCAUUCGAAACCUUAGUUAAUCUUUAAGGUCAGUCAUAGCCUUCGUCUCAGCACCAUAAUGUUUUUACAUUAGUGAUAUUGCAGAAUAACGAAUAAAACUUUCGUUGCAUUUCCCCCAUAAACAGGUCCCCAACCGAUUUAUUUUUCAGGUUUCUUUCGUUUUCCGUUCUUUUCCAUCCCUAACGAGGGAAGUAUACAUCCAAAGCAUUACCAGUUUUGCUCUUCUUUUACACGAUUGUAGUGCAUAUGAGGGUGUAGCACAUACUCCUCUAGUACGAUGCACUUCUCAAGAUACGAUGCACUUACUGAGAAAUCGAAAUUCAAAGUCUUACGAGCCUUUUGAACGAGAGCGACAAUCGUCUAGCAGAGGCGUUAGCGCAACCUGUUAAGGCGGCAAACUAGAAGUGUGCCUGACCUACAUUGGAGUCUCUCUAUUUUUUCCCAUGGUUGUCGUCACAGCGAAUAAUAUUUUUGCGGAAAGCAACAAUAAUAAUAAUAAUCACGAUCAUAGUGGUACAUUCGUGGCGAAAUACAAUAAUGAAUCGUGGUGAAAUGAACAUUUAUUUAUCGAGUCAUUCAUGCACUUAUUGAAAUGUUAUCACAACGAAGUCACUACAUUUACGAUUAUUCUUAGUUAUUGAUUGACCGACAUAACUUGGUGUGCGAUCUGUCACAAAAGCAUGAAAAGCAUAGGCUUGCACACUUAACACGGUGGUGCAGUUGUCCACUGCAGAGGACAGCUGUUAUGUCAUUUCUUUGCCGUUUUUAGCCGCUCCUCUGACUGCAAAUGUACGCAGGGCGCAGAACCAUUAGGGAGUAUCGAUGGAGACGACUGCUUGCACUUGCAGCGUCAGAAUUGAUUAAAAACGCCAAAGACACGACACUACAGUCGUGCACUGCAGUAGACAACUGCACCACAAGGUUAAUGAGUGCCACUUUCUGAAACAUAAAUUUUGUUUUAAUUUUAGACACAAACCAUGGUUGUUUGGACAUAGGUACGAGUGGCGGAGCCCUCAACUGAUGUAGUACGGGGAAGUGAAGAAAUCUUCGCGAGUGAAAUUUCUGCCUGUCCUGCGACAGUACAAAAGCAGUCUGCAGUAAUUUGAGGAAAUUCUUGACUUGUAUAGCCAAGUAUACGUCCCAAGACAGCCUCAGUGGUGCCAUAAUUGUACCUCGCCCAUUUGUACCACAGUGAUUAUCAUUAAUAUUAUUGUUGUUUCCCUCAGAAAUAUGAUUCGUUGUAACGAUUCCAGAGUUUAGUGGAAGAUUAGCAAAAAUGACGAGAGUCGAGUGCAUUGCGGACAAACUUACAGCCUGCCUUCUUCAUCGGCGGCGCAAAUGCCGCUUCUAGACGGCUGGCGCUUUGGAAUGGCGUCUAUCACCUCCGUAAAAGUUUGCACAUCGAUUUCUCUAAAACGCUUGGCAAGAUGACAAGCGCCAAAACCUUUCGGUGUAAGCUUGUCUUGUAAGCUGUCCAUUUCCUGUUACAUCUUUACCCAUUUCGGUUCAUCGGAUGGCACAAUUCGCCAAAUGGCUCUGGCCCAUGAAUGGCAGCCAGCCAGCUGAAUUCCUGCGUUGGAAGAAAUAUUUCACGUUAAUUGCAAUGUAAGAGAGACUGUGACAUACGCUUCCUCGUCACCAUCCAAAAUUCGAUUUUCUGUACUAACUUUUAAGCUUCUGGAUUAAGCGUCCGUCAAAUACAAGCGUUAAUUUCGGCGGUAGCUUUGGUAUUCCUCUCAAUGAGACUAUAUGAUGCCACUGACCACCGCUACCCCUUCGAAACAUUUCCAUAUUUGUCAACAGCCGUGCAAAUAAGGAUUUAACACAUAUUCAUUUCAGUAUCUAAUUCCAUUAAAGCUCCAUGAAAGCUAGUGCCAAACUAUUGUCACGAAGACCUUUAAAUGAAAUGAGUAAUGCAACAUUAUUAUCUCUGAGUACGUACGUCAUAUUUCGCUUUCCUCCAGUUCGUAGUACCAUGUCAUGUUGAAGCUGAAUACUAGGUGCGAAACGAGAAACAACACUUGAGCGUAACGAAUGCAUAUCUGUUCCUGCUAUUAGACGACCAAAAACCUCACAUACAUUUUCACCCCAACUGUGCAACGGUGUAAACUCAUUUGUCUGUCUCCCAUAACCAUUUCUGUUCGUAAUAAUGAAGGUUUGCGUAACCUGCCCCAAAUCUGUUUCUAUGACUCAGUCACCUCUUUUACUUUCCAUACAGCUGUACAAUAUUCAUCUAUUUUAGGUUUUAAGUUCCUACAUCCAGGUCAAGCAGGAUUUAUUCAGUUUUUCUUCGUUGAGACGAAUCUCACAAAUUAUACCAAAAAGUUCAUGAUGGAGUGAGGCUCCCAGCGUUGAAAACACGCCAUUGGCGGAAAUACCUGAGAAAGAUAGCCAUAUAUUUGCACUGUUUAUUUUUUUAGCAAAACACUUGAUAUAACGAAGAUAAGACUGUAAUUGUAAUCAAAGACUGUAUUUUUUAAUAAAACUUGAAGCAGCAAAUACA